CGCCUCUCUCAAUCACAACAUCAACACGCACUCCGAUUAGAUCCUGCAGGACUCAAACAAAAUGUCCUCUUCAAAUGCCCAACGAGCAACAAUCCACUUCCCACCCGCAUAUCCGACGUUGACAAAACCCUCCCUCAUUCUCUUCGGCACAAUCGAGGCCUCGCCCACUUCCAACUGGGCCACCGAUCUCGCCGACCACGUUUCCGACCUCCCCAUCCAGAUCCUGAAUCCUCGCCGCGACGACUGGGAUUCCUCUUGGGUGGAACUGCCCUCCUGUGCGCCGUGGAAAGAGCAGGUGGACUGGGAAAUGCAUCACCCGGCCCAGGUCAGCUUGAUUGUAGUUUGCUUCAAGGCUGGCAGUUUGUGUCCGAUCAGCCUGAUGGAGCUGGGCAUGUAUGCGGCACUGUAUGGCGAGAAGAUGGUGGUGUGCUGUGAGGAGGGUUUUUGGAAGAGGGGGAACGUGGAGCUAGUGUGUAAGAAGUUUGGGGUUGAGGUUGUGAGGACGGUGGGACAUUUGGAGGGGGUAGUGGAGGGCAGGAUGGAGGCUCUCUGUGGGCUUGACGAGGGAAUAGGGGAACAGUGAGGGAAUGGGAGGGUUCGAUGGACGGGGAGGGUAAAAGAUGGAUGUAAAGCGGUGCGUUUGUUCGUUGCCGUAGGAAGUCACCGCACUGGCAGCAUAGCAAAGCAGCUGAACAAUUGUGUUGGGUUUUUCUGUUGUACAAGGACUUCGGAAGGAUUCGCCAUUGCUAGUGGCAAUGGGAAGUACGACGUGGUGGAAUAGCGUAGUGUGCAGCUCCUGGUGAUAUCCCGCACCAUGCAGAAUGGAAACAGUGAUGA